CUGGAGAGCCACGCACGAGUCCUUACUACAUGAAGAGCAUGACACCUAGUGCUUUUGAAUCUACACUUCGUCAAAAGGAGGGUGAACUUGCUCAUUAUAUGUCACGAUUGGCAUCAAUGGAAUCUAUUCGUGAUUCUCUUGCUGAGGAGUUGGUCAAAAUGACAGAACAAUGUGAAAAGUUGCGCGGAGAAGCUGCCUUUUUACCUGGCUUACGAGAAGAGCUAGAAGCACUGAGGAGGAGGCACUCUGCUGCUUUGGAGUUGAUGGGGGAACGUGAUGAAGAGCUGGAGGUACUUCAUGCGGAUAUUGUGGACUUAAAGGAAAUGUACUGAGAACAAGUCAACGCGCUUGUGAAUAAGAUCCAGAGAAUGAGUUCAUCAAUGGUUAGUGGCUAAUUGAGCUGAGAAAAAGAAAGAGGGG